AUGAGCCAUCGAAUGGGCAUGGUUCUCGGCCUCCAAGUUGAGUCGCAUAAAUUCUCACCCGCUCAACAGUAUGCCAGACGGGUUGUAUGGUGGGCAACCGCGUGGCAAGAUAGUCACUUCUCGCUAUCAUACGACAGACCAUCUGCAAUGGCAUUUAGCCAUCCAGAUAUUCCUUACCAUCCAGACUCGCAGCCUGGAAAGAGAUCUUUCUUCGAAACCAUCUGCCAACUUAUAGCCUUAACCUUAAAUAUAGUUAAAAGUCGCAUGCUUUCAACUGGCUCGCAGGUCCCGUUUUCCACCAUACAGACAUGCAGGACGGAGCUCAAACGAAUAUUGGCCGAUACAGCGCCUUAUCUACGUGAUCCUUUAUGCUGCGUCUCGUCUAACCAGAAUAUUGAGAGACUGGGCCUAAAGUUGCACUCCUCGUACCUUACAUCAGAGAUCUGUCGUCCCUCGCUAAGGCCAAAUGCUGAUCUCAACGAUGCUACAACUAUCGCACUACGAAAAGAUUGCAUUGCUGCUCUAUCGCGGACGGUAGAAGCGUACGUUGAGAUGUACUCAGUGAACCGCCAAGCUGCCCGGUCAUGGAUCGGCCUUCAGCGGGCCAUUAGUAGCGCCUUUUUACUGGCCGUUGUUGGUGAAUCCAAGACCGACCCAAAUAUCUGGACUUUACUCCGGCGAUUAGAGGGUGUUCUUACAGAGCGUGCAAAAGAAGAUGAUAUCUCACCAAUGAGUCCGAAAGCGGGAGCUGAGAGUUCCCCUACUUUUGCCGCAAGUUCAUCAAACAUGGGAUCUCUAGAGGGCGCUUAUGAUCCCGCCGCUGCGAUGGCCCCAAAUAAACAAGCCACGGAUAUACCCACAGACACAGAAACGCAAUGGGCCAAGCCACUAAUCAAGUCCCUACGUGCCCUUCAAAAGUUAAAUGCAGCAUUGUUGAUACACCUCAGGCAGCAUGGCGUUAUCACUGGGUCUGUUAGCGGCUUCAACCCUGCUCCAAUAUACACUCAACCCGUCACGGGAGGUGUAGGGGCCUCGGUUGCUGCCUCUACGAGAUCUGGCUCGAUUCCACCUCCUACACCAGAGAGCUCUGCCAGUGGAGAUUGGAGUUUCCCAACCCUGGUUGACCGCGCAGCAGAGUACAUAGAUCCACCCUUAUGGCCGUGA